AUGCAGACACUUACGCCUAACACCGACUUAUUCCAUGCAAAACGUAGACGUUUCACAUGCAGUACCAAAACCUCGACGUUGAUCCAAGCGAAGCCACUCUCCGUUUCUCUGGCGAGUAAAACAAAUAAAGACCAUCUCAGAAACCUUGAGAACAUUCUUAAGACAACCUCUACAGAUAAUCUCGACAACAAUGUAUCUUCUCGUACAACGUCAACGUCUACGUUACUCGGAGGUUUGAGUUUGGCGAGAAUAUGGCCUCAGAUGAAAGCCGCCGUUGACGAAAUGUCUCCAAAGAAUCUAAAGCGGCUUCAAAGACUUCUCUCAAAAUCAUCUGAGGAGCGUUCACCUAAGAAUAAACUCGGGUCUAAGUGGCGGGAGCUACACGGGUCGAAUAACUGGGCCGGGUUGCUUGAUCCACUAGACGAGAAUCUCCGGCGAGAGCUUGUCCGUUACGGUGAGUUUGUGCAGGCGGCUUAUCACGCGUUUCACUCCGACCCGGAAGGCUCGCCUAGAGACGACAUCACGUUACCUGAUAAAUCAUUUAAAGUAACGAAGAGUCUUUACGCCACGUCAUCAGUUCAUUUACCUAAAUGGAUUAAUGACGUGGCACCUGAUCUUAGGUGGAUGACUAAACAGACUAGCUGGGUUGGGUACGUGGCAGUCUGCGAUGAUCCGAGAGAGAUCCGACGGAUGGGGAGGAGAGAGAUCGUCAUCGCGCUGCGUGGAACCGCCACGUUGCUCGAGUGGUCAGAGAAUUUUAGACCCAAUCUGGUCUCCAUGCCUGAGCCCAAACCCGAUCCAUCAGACCCGACACGGCCCAAAGUUGAAUGCGGGUUCAACAGCCUCUACACGACGGCAAGCCAACACGCGCCGAGUCUCGCCGAGUCUUUGAUCGGAGAGAUCAGCCGGCUCGUGGAUCUCUACGCCGGAGAGGAGCUGAGCAUCAGCGUCACCGGACACAGCCUCGGUGCCGCCAUAGCUCUCCUCGCAGCCGACGAUAUCGCGGAGCGUGUCCCCCACGCGCCUCCGGUCUCGGUUUUUUCCUUCGGCGGGCCACGUGUAGGGAACCGUGAGUUCGCUGAGCGGUUAGAAUCAAAGGGAGUGAAAGUCCUACGCGUCGUGAACAGCCAAGACGUGGUGACGAAAGUUCCGGGGAUAUUCUCAGAUAACGAUAAUAAUAAUAACAAGCAGGGGCAAAAUCGUAUAAUGGAGAUGGUGGAGAGGAACAAUCCAUGGGCUUACUCGCACGUGGGAGCUGAGCUGCGCGUGGACAUGAAGAUGUCUCCUUAUUUGAAACCUAACGCUGACGUGGCGUGCUGUCAUGACCUAGAGGCGUACUUGCAUUUGGUCGAUGGUUUUUUGGCUUCGAACUGUCCGUUUCGGGCAAACGCGAAAAGGAGUUUAAGGAAGCUGUUGGAUGAGCAACGGUCUAACGUUAAGGUUUUGUACACUGGAAAGUCUUUGAGAUUCGACCGUACUAAUGAAGAUGUUUUGCCUAGUUCGUCAUCGUGA